CGGGAACGUAGUUCUGAUAAGUCAAAACAUGUGUCGAUGCCAUAUUGAGGAUUUUUUUAAAAUAGAGAUAUACAAUACAGCUUAGUGAUUGGCUGGCCUGUACCGAACCAGCGGAGGCGGAGGGAAUUCGGUCGAAACCGACAACGCGCUGAGCAGACAGGGAGAGUCCCGAACGUAAUCUCUGGUCAUUUUACGUCCUCGGCUUCUCAUAGACAGCAGACGUCUCUGAAUCGAUACAUGAUUGUUAAAACAUAUAUGCUUCUUUAGUUUGAGUUUUAUCUGCUGUCGACCCUUACGUUACAUUCCUGCUGGGCCAGCCGCGGACAACCCUACCGGGCAUGGAGACUGGCACCCUCCACGGGGUUACCUAGCUCUCCCUGCCCGGCCGCCCUGCCUCUCCGUCGGCGCGGGUGUCUCCCCCCGGGUCGAGCCGUCGACUGUGAUAGCGGCGCGCGGGGUUGAUGGAUGCAUUGUUGAUGCAUAUAAACCACUUUUAGAUGUUUGAAGUUUCUGCUCCAGCAGAGCUCAGAGGAGGCUACGCUGAAGCCACGUUCUUGUCGUACCUGCACUCACGAGUGGGGACGAAUGAAUCCGCAUCGAUCUUCGAAGAUAAAUACUUACAUUAGAGGUCGGAGUUUCUUCUUGGACAUUUAAAACGUCUAAGGCUUCUAUGUUGAUCCUGUGGUGCUGGGCAGAGCGUUAUGGCUCAGACGCUGCAGAUGGCAAUCCCUAACUUUGGCAACAACAUCCUGGAGUGUCUGAAUGAGCAGCGGCUGCAGGGCCUCUACUGUGACAUCUCCGUGGUUGUCAAAGGACAUGCCUUUAAGGCCCAUCGAGCAGUGCUAGCAGCCAGCAGCACCUACUUCCGGGAUCUGUUCAACGCCGGCGGUAAGAGCUCUGUGGUGGAGCUGCCUCCAGCCGUGCAGCCACAGAGCUUCCAACAGAUCCUAGCCUUCUGCUACACGGGCCGCCUCAGCAUGAAUGUGGGAGACCAGUUUCUGCUCAUGUACACUGCUGGCUUCCUCCAAAUCCAGCAGAUAAUGGAGAAAGGGACAGAGUUUUUCCUCAAGGUGUCCUCUCCAAGCUGCGACUCCCAGGGUCUUCACACGGAGGAGGCCCCAUCUUCCGAGCCUCAGAGUCCUGUCAAUCAAACAGCUGGGGGGGGUGGAAGCAGUACAGCUGCUGCAACUGUGGGGAGACCCGCCUCUUGCCUGACACCCCUACCCCUGGUGUCUAAAGUGAAGACUGAACAGGGGGCCCCCACACCUCAGCCCGCUCCACAGCAGCAGCAAGAGAGCUCUCCCUAUUCUGUGGUCUGCACCCCUGUGGCCAAGCGGCUAUGGGAGGGGGGGAGCCGGGAUGGAGGAGGGGGGUCUGGAGGAGGGGGGGGAGGUGGAAUGAGGAAGGCUGCACGCUACUCCUCCUCCUCCUCUUCUUCCUCAUCUUCCAACACAAUAAUGCAGGACGGUUUGGGGCGUGGAGCAACAGCUAAUGCCGCGAUGGUGGGGAGUGGCGGCGGGGGCACCGUUUCUUUAGGGGGAGGACUUGGAGGACUGCACAACCACAACAGCAGCAACCACAUCAGCGGUGGGACUCCUGAGGGCACCAGCCCGGGCACAAUGAGCAUGUACACCAGCGACUCACCCAUCAGUUACCACGACGAUGAGGAGGAGGACGACAUAACGGACGAGAGCGCCGAGGAGCAAUACAGGCAGAUCUGCAACAUGUACACCAUGUACAGCAUGCUGAACGCUGGGGCAGCAGUGGUGGAGGAGCGGGUGGAGGCUCUUCCAGACUUGGCCCCUGACUCAGGGAGUGGGCGGGGGGGCAGAGGGGGCAGGUCCCGGCAGGACUUGGCCUCACUGCCCGCAGAGCUCAUCAACCAGAUAGGGAACCGCUGCCAUCCAAAGCUGUAUGAGGAAGGUGACCCUGCAGAGAAACUGGAGCUGGUGAGCGGCACGUCCGUCUUCAUCUCCCGCGCCCAGCUCAUGAACUGCCACGUCAGCGCUGGCACCCGCCACAAAGUGCUACUCAGACGGCUGCUGGCGGCUUUCUUUGACAGGAGUACUCUGGCUAACAGCUGUGGGACUGGAAUCCGCUCAUCAACAAAUGACCCCAGUCGCAAACCUCUUGACAACAGAGUGCUGCAUGCUGUCAAAUUCUACUGCCAGAACUUUGCUCCCAGUUUCAAGGAGAGUGAGAUGAACGCCAUCGCAGCUGACAUGUGCACCAACGCCCGCCGCGUUGUCCGGAAGAGCUGGAUCCCCAAGCUUAAGCUACUGAUGGCUGACAGUGACGCCUACUCUGCCUUCCUGGCUGACAGCGUGAAGAUGGAGGCCGAAGUACUGGGGGCGGAGCAAGGCUUUGAUCCCGCCUCACUGGAAGCUGUUGCAGCAGCGGCAGCUGCCAGCAGCAGCGAGGCGGGAAGCGGAGCUGUUCCAGCAGACAGCAUCCAGGGGGCAGCAGGGGAUGGCAGCACUUUGUUUUGAGUGAGUGAUCAGACAAAUGGACAAAAAAACAAACAACUAAUGGAAGUAAAGACGGUCAGGAGCUUUGACCGCCAUGACAGUUUGGGGACCUGUUUCUUCUUAUUUUACCUCCCAAGUUCACUUUGUUGUGCUUUCCUUCCCUGGUAUGCGUAGAUGUUGGUCUCCCAGGUUAGACUGUUACAGGCUGAUCUUCUGGUGGAGAACGGCAGAAGGACACAGAGAAGAGUAGAGGAGCAGAGAAUUUAAAGAAGUCCCCCUCCCACACCUCUUCUCUCCAAACUUCGCGUUUCAGCCGUUUUCUUAUCAUGAUCAAUCAUAGACAUUCCCUGGGGAGGAAGGCGGUAAAUCCCUUUCCUCCCCCAAACUCCGGUAACACUGUUGUUUUGAUAUUUGAAUGUAUGCGGGGGGUGGAGCAUCCGAACAGUAGAGUCGCAUGCGUGAGAUUGUGCUGAGCCCUUUAAGUUUGUUUGUUGUUUUGUGCUCCAGGACCUUUCCUGAGAAUGCGGGCUCCACAAGGACCCAGAGGAGCAUCCAAAAAUCCUCCUGAGGGCUUCCUGAGGGAAUGACCCCCUAGGUCUGAGACGUGCUGCUGAUUCAGCAGGUUUUAUUGGCUUUAUGACCACAACCUUCCCUUAUUUUACUUCUGAAAAACAUGUUUACUUUUUUUGUCUUUUGUGUGAUUUUUAUUUUCUGAGGCCCUCAAGGGAUAAAAAAAAUUGUAACUGAUGGUUGUAUAAGAGUUUGCGUGACAUAAAUGCACUGUGUUAUUUCUUGCCGGCUGAGUACAAUCGAACUAAGUUUUUGUACGUAUAAGAAAGAGAAGAGAGCCUUUUAUUUAGAAAAAUUAAAAGAGAAAAAAAAUUAAGCUAAAAUCCAAUUUUUAUCACAGUUUUUUUUUAAAGAAAAGUUGAAAGAAGGUUUUUUCCAUCAGCAAGUUUUGCCUUGUGAGUUCAAGUACUUUUGUGUGUACGAGUUCAGUCCAGCUCCUGUUGAAAUGGAUUUCCCUGAGAAUAUUUGCAUUCACUGGUGACAGCACAGCUCUCCUCAGGCGCAGUACCGGUGUCGAUUACAUGGCUAAUUCGGGAACGGUGAAGGAAGCGUCUCUGUGGGGUCUGUGCUGGUUGGUUUAGAGGAACAAAACGUGAGCAGGAAGUCAGACGGCGAGUUUUCAAACAAUUCGUUCAUCCCUCACAACCCUGAUGCUCGUUAUGUCACUGUCAGCUUCUUCAAACACCAAAAGCAAUGUGGGAAUUAAAACGCGCCAACUAUCAGGGGUUGGGUUUCUGUAAGCUGCAGAGCGUCCCAGAAGAACCAGGUCCAGACCAGAACGUUCUGUCUGUUAGCUAGAACGUUGGCUAAAAAGUUAGGAAAAAAAA